AUGGCGACAGACUACAACAAGCUCAAGGUGGUCGAGUUGAAGGAGAUCCUAAAGGUACGUGGCAUUCCAUCGACAGGCCUGUCGCGUAAAGCACAAAUCGUCGAGGCAUUGGAGGAGAACGAUCGCGAGCAGGCAGGCGCGGCGGCAGAGGAUGGAGAGAAUGCAGAGCAGCCAGCAGAAGUGAAAGGCGAGGACGCGGUGGCUCAAGAGGAAGAUUUGCCGGAAGCACAACAGGCACAGCCAGUGGAGAGUGCGCCGGAGAUUGUGCUGCCUGAGCAGCCCACCGAAGCGAUGGAGGAUGUGGUCGAAGAGCAAUCGGUGCAGACAGAACUGCCUCUGGACACCUCGACCUCCACCCUGGCACCUUUGUCCGACCUACCAGUCCUGCAAAGCAGCGAGCCCUUCUCCAAAGAACCCUCAACCCGCACCACACCGCAACCCUCCUCUCCCGCAACCGAGAGCGUAUCGUCGGAGAUACGCAAACGCAAGAGACGCAGCCGCACUCCGGCCCCGAAUGAAGAGAGCGUGCAGAAGAAGUUGAAGGCCGCCGAGGAAGAGGCUGCGCUGAUUGUCAAGCUGCCCGAGGACCAAGAGGAGGACAAGAAUGCAGAAGAGAAGAUGGUGGAAGAUGCGCCGGUGGCGGUCGACAGGAGUGCUGAGAUUGACAGUGGCGACAAGAUCCUACCAUACAGCAGUAGUGACGAUGUGAUGAAGGUGGACGAGGAGAAGCAAGCUCAAUCACCAGGCGCAGAGCACAGAACAGAUCUCAAAGCACCGACUCAGCCAGCCCACGCAGAGGAGACAGGUGAGGGCGAAACUGCGACGGAACCUGCAAUCCACCCUGCCACUCGCGCGCUAUACAUUCGCGGCCUCGUUCGCCCACUGCCAGCUGCCCAGCUCCGAACCCACCUCGUUCAGUUGGCUACCGCACCCAACACAUCCUCAUCCGACUCGGUCGUUGAGACUCUCCACAUCGACCAGAUCCGCACGCAUGCUUUCGCUCUCUUCACCUCUGUCUCUGCGGCUGCGCGCACCCGCUCGGCUCUGCACUCCCACAUCUGGCCUGACGAGCCCACGCGCAAGCCUCUCUGGGUGGACUUUGUGCCGGAGGAGAAGGUGGAAGGGUGGAUUGAGGAGGAGUUACGUGAGGAACGAGAGGGCGGACGAAGGGGGGUGAAGCGAUGGGAAGUCGUCUACGAAGAGGGCACAGAGGGCAUCGAGGCGCGAUUGACGGAGGGCAGCAGCGCCACACCAGCUGCUACCGCGCCGGCGCGACCGGGCAGUACUGCAAGCGCAGCAGGAGCGGGUGCGGGCAUGCCCAACGCGCCUCUCGGCCCCCGCGGCGCGAAACCCCCACCGUCACACGAAGCCGCAGCUCCCUCCCUCACCAAAUCGACACCCACCCCAGCUCCCUCCACCGCCUCCUUCGACAUCCUCGAUCACCGCUUCUCUCACACCACCAGCAAACCCAAACUCUACUUCAAGCCUCAACUCCCCGUCGUCGUGGAGGAGCGCCUCGAUGCGCUGGCGAGCCUCACAAGUCGGGACUGGGACGACAGGAAGGACGGGAGCUUCACUUUCGGCGGCGACGUGCGGAGGUAUACGUUUGAGGAUGGGGGUAAGCUUGUGGAUGGUGGGCCGGAUAUUGGGAAUUUCGGGCGGCCGAGGGGUAUGGAGCUUCCGGGGGGUGGAAGGAGAGGAGGCGGAGGCGGAGGCGGAGGUCGGGGUAGGAGGUGA